ACUCAGUUUGCAAAUUUCAAUAAUAUUGAAUACUGACUUAGAAAGCCAUGAAUUUUAAACAUUAAACAAAAAGAAGUCAAUAUUAUAAAUACAUAUAAGCAUUAAUUAAAAAAAAAUGCAUUUUAUGAAAAGAUUGUUAAUGGUUUCCCCUAGAUCAUGGGGACAUUUUCCAAUGCAGGCCAGCGAACCGAAUUCGUUUCCAACACUUGGGAGAAGUUAUCGCAAUUUCGAGAAACUUAUGAAGGGAAAGAAGGAUGAUGAUUGCGAAUGUCCUCCAGACGAUUUUGAUCCAUGUACAGAAGAUCAACACGAAGAUGCAGCUAAAUCAAAGGUCUCAACAUCGUGCAAAGACGGAUCGCCUCAGCCAAGAGUAGGUCAGAUACAUGCGGUUAUUGGUCCUGUUGUUGAUGUGUUUUUUGAAGAUGAAAUACCCGAGAUCCUGAAUGCAAUGGAGGUUUCCGAUUAUAAAGAUGGAAAUCGUUUAGUGUUGGAGGUAUUUCAUCAUUUAAGCAACAAUAUCGUACGUUCUGUGGCCAUGGACAGCACUGAGGGUUUACGACGUGGACAAAAGGUAGUUGAUACUGGACAUCCAAUUCGUGUCCCUGUCGGCCGAGCUACAUUGGGCCGUAUUCUGAACGUUACCGGAGAUCCCAUUGACGAAAGAGGCCCUAUUAAAUCGGAAUUUUAUUCUUUUAUUCAUGCUGAAGCCCCGGAAAUGACAGAUUUGUCAGUUAACCCUGUUUUACUUCAAACCGGAAUAAAGGUAAUCGAUUUAUUGGCUCCAUAUGUAAAAGGUGGAAAAAUUGGCUUAUUUGGUGGAGCUGGAGUGGGAAAAACAGUGUUGAUCAUGGAAUUAAUUAAUAACAUUGCAAAAGCCCAUGGAGGCUAUUCGGUAUUUGUAGGCGCUGGAGAACGCACACGAGAGGGGAACGAUCUUUAUAUGGAAAUGAUUGAGUCAAAAGUUAUUUCUUUGGACGAUGAUACCUCCAAGGUAACAUUAGUGUAUGGACAAAUGAAUGAACCACCAGGUGCACGAUCCCGGGUUGUAUUAACCGGCCUCACAAUAGCAGAAUAUUUUCGUGAUAUGGAAGGUCAAGACGUACUGCUUUUCAUUGAUAAUAUAUUUCGAUUCACUCAAGCUGGAUCAGAAGUGUCAGCUUUACUAGGACGGAUUCCGUCUGCAGUUGGUUAUCAACCGACAUUGGGCACCGACAUGGGAACUAUGCAAGAGCGCAUUACAAGCACCAAAAAUGGCUCCAUUACAUCGGUGCAGGCCGUAUAUGUACCUGCUGAUGAUUUGACCGAUCCAGCACCGCAAACUACAUUUUCGCAUCUAGAUGCCACAACAGUUUUGUCAAGACCAAUUGCUGAGUUGGGUAUCUACCCCGCAGUUGAUCCGUUGGAUUCAUCCUCGCGCAUAAUGGAUCCCAUGAUAGUGGGAGAUGAACAUUAUACUGUAGCACGAUCCGUUCAAAAAACACUGCAGAGUUAUAAAUCGCUGCAGGAUAUUAUAGCUAUAUUGGGAAUGGACGAACUCUCCGAAGAUGAUAAACUAACUGUGGCGAGGGCAAGGAAAAUACAGCGUUUUCUAUCGCAGCCAUUUCAAGUUGCUGAAGUAUUCACGGGGCACGCGGGCAAAAUGGUACCUUUAACCAAGACUAUUGAAGGCUUUAAGCGUCUCUUGAACGGUGACAUGGACGAUAUACCCGAAGUGGCUUUCUACAUGGUGGGAGAUAUUGAUGAAGCAAUCGCCAAAGCUAAAGACAUAGUUUUAAAAAUGAAAUGAAACUUAAUUUAUAAUAAUUUUUGUUUUACUUAAUUUUUUUUGCAAUCAACAAUACAAUAGUUUUACAAGAC